AUGGCCUCGCAGACGCAGGUGUUGAUUGCCCCCACGGGCCAGCGCCUGCAGGUAGACAUCUCCCAGUUCUCGUCCCUCGAUGAUUUCAAAGCAUGGGUCGCCCGACAAAGCUCCAUACCGGUACAGAAUAUCGUUGCGCUUAUGUCGCAAGGGAAGACCGUCAAGAUCCAGACCAUACAGUCGGAGAAAGAGAUCUAUGUAUACGAUAUCCGAAUAACUCAAGCUUCAUCCCCAGGCACAUCGACCUCCCUGGUCUCCGAAUCUCCUCUCCCUAAGCGAUACAUCAUCGCGCCCGCGCCGAAUUCGAUCGACGAUACCCAUUCUUUGCGAUCAUGGCAGGACCUCUUCAAGAGGCGCCGCGACUGGGCGCUGACCGUCGUCGAGGACUGCGCAAAUAUGGCCGGCGCCGCAGAAACGCGUUACGGCGAGAUGGAUGUUAUGCUCAAGUGCCUUGAUGCAGCUGUGGCGAAUCUCGACACAGCACUGAAGCCGAUAGAGCCGAAAUACUCAGAGCUGAAGAAAUGGGUCACGCCAGCACAGGACGAGUACGGCACCCUGGCUGCGAACUGGGAAAACUAUCUUGACUUGGCUCGAAACAUCAACAUCUCCCCAACAAUGGUGCGCUUCAUGACCGGGCAGGAUCUGAGGAAGUCUCGCCAGGCCACACUGGAGAACCUGAUCGAUCCAGAGCCCACGCGGAAAGCAGGCAAGCUUGCAGCACCGUCAUUGCGAAAGUUCAACAACAAGAUCGCAGAACUCGACAAAGGUGCCGAUAAGAUGUUCAGCGGGUGUGAAGAGCUAUUCCAGGAGUUUGACAAGCUCGUCUCUCGCUCGGCAAUGCAGCAUAGCAGUGACUGCAAGCAGCUCCUGGAGGAUAUCGAGGCCGUUGGGAGAAAGAUUGAUACAGAUUAUCAGACUAUCUUGUCGUACGCAAACCAGGCAAAGGAUGUACCGCAGGCUUCCAAAACAGCUGUCAACCAUACAAAGCAGCUGUUGCCCAGCAUACAGAAUCGAGCGGCGGAGAUGGAUGACAUGCUGCGGUAUGCCACCCAAGCUCGCAAUGACGUGGCAGCAGACUCCCUCGUUUUCAUGCGCAGCAUUGCCGAGAUCACUUCCCUCCACCACUCUGUCAAAACCCAGAUAAACGUGGUCAACCAGGGCGAAGAGGAGAUGACCACCUUCGACUAUCUACGGCUUAUCCAACAACUUCCGUUCAUGUAUGCUUCGUUUGCAGUUGAGGCUAUCAGACGGAGAGAGUGGGCCGACAAGGUAAAAACAGACUCUUCCACCCUUGUGAACGAGAUGGCGCUCUUCCAGGACGAGGAGUCGAAGAGGAGGCGAAAGUGGCAGAAGAUGGUAGGCAGUACAUAUGGGCCUGAGAAGGACGACAAUCGUGUACUCGGUCUUGAAGUUAACCUCCUUGGCGAGGACGAGCAAUGGCCUGCUAUAACGAAGCAGGAUCUAGACGAGUUCCUCGCCGUCAUCCGGCGCCAGAACGCGGACGCAACUAUAAUAGCAGACGUCACCAAACUUAUCAACGAACUCAACAACCCCACGAAACAGCAGUCGAAGCGACUUAAGGCUUUCAAAAACGGCAGCGUUCAUGAGGCCGCGUUGGGAAGAAGUGGACUGCUCAUGCGCGGAGAUGAUGAUCUGCUGCGGAAUCUACAGGGCGACAAGUCUAAGCUGGAGAGCAGGCUGAAGACGGCUGAAAGCCGGGUUCGUCGAUUAGAAGACCUAUUGCAUCGUCAAACCCAGGCGUCUAGACCAUCUCUGUUCCAGCCGCAGCAACAGUCAGAGAGGAUCGAGUCUUCACCCACAAUCAAGACACCGCGCCCAUCCGGAGACCGUCGGCAGCCUUCCAUUUCCGAAAGCACUCAGCCUUUGGUGCAACGCAUCGCGCAGCUGGAAGGCGACUUGGUCGCGCAAAAAGAGCACAUGAAGGGCCGGAUGGACGAGGCGAAUUCGACCAAACAAGAUCUUCUGGGCAAUAUGGAAGCACUAAAGAGGGAGUUUAUGGAAGAACGCAAGUCCCUUGAGGAAGAGAUCAAACAGCUGAAGACGCGACUCGAGGAGACCGAGGAUGAGAUCGAGCACUUCGGCGAGUCCAGGGAAAACGAGAAGUAUACCUACGAUGAGAGGCUACACUCGCUACAGGAUGAAGUGGACCGCCUCAACGAAGAGAAACGAAACGAUGCGCUGAAGACGCAAGGCCAACUCGAAUUCCUUCGUAACGAGACCCGAGUACAGAGAGAACGCAACGUAUCACUGGAAAGGGAGCUGCGGGAGGCCCGUGACGCCAUCAAGGAUUUGGCUAAACGUUCAGAGGCAGCCGAUGAAAGCACGGAGACACAUGCUCAAACGCUUAGGGAGCUCCACGGACAGUUGUCGCCGAAUGAUAAUGCGCCACAAGACUUUGCGGAUCUCAUGGAUGCCGUCGCAAGCAAGUCAACUGAUGUCCUAUCCAAAUGUCAGUCUCUUGAAGGAGAUCUCUCGCUAAUGAAGGCCGACUUGGAUUUUGCGAAUGGCGCUGUCAAGGAGGCCAAAUCCGAGCUUACGACAAUGAAGGAAAAGCUCUCAGCCGAAGAGACGACUGCCGUGCACUUGCGUGAGACACUGGAUAAGGCGAAGGCCAGAUGCAGUACACUUGAAGCCGAAGUCAAUGACGGACGAGAUCAACUCAAUCAGCUCAGGUUCGAGAUGACCGAAGGCGUAACCGGAUCAGAGACCCUUCGAGAGAAGCUGGAAGACGAAGAGAAGAGACUCGCUGAGCUUACUGAACACCUAGCAUCGAAACAGUCACAGGUGGGCAGUCUCGAAGAAGAAGUUCGGAUGUCCCAAGAAAAACUAGAGUCUACCGAGUCGAGCUUUGCUGCUCUGAAGAGUCGAUUCGAGGAUCGCAAUGGCCGCACCAAAGACCUCACACAGCGACUGUAUACGCACAACGAGAGACUAGUCAGACUUUUGGAGCGCUUGGGCUUCUCUGUUACCCGAAAGGAGGGAUCAAUGGUAAUUCAGAAGAUUCCACGAGCGGAGCGAGUAGCACAGAACCCCGGCGAUUUAUCUGACCCGGGUACCUCUGUCAGACGUUCUGUAUCUGCCACAACCAAUCUGCUCGCCGAUAGCACUGACCUCAAGUUACUCUACUGGAUGAAUGCCGAUGACGCCAGUACGGAAGACGAGCAGUAUCAAGCGUACAUGGCUGGCCCGGGCUACUUCGACGUCGAUGCCUUUUCUGAAUCCAUUUACCGCCGCGUCAAGGAGAUUGAGCACACGGCACGAAAGAUGACCCGUGAUGCCAGAGGUUAUCGUGAGCGCUCCCACGCACUGGCCAAGGAAGCCCAUGAAAAGAUCUCCUUCAAGCACUUCAAGGAGGGUGAUCUGGCUCUAUUCCUCCCUACCCGCAAUCAGACAACUGGUGCUUGGGCGGCCUUUAACGUUGGAUGUCCGCACUUCUUCCUCCGUGAGCAAGAAGGCCACCGGCUACGCAGUCGCGAAUGGAUUGUGGCCCGAAUCACUCGCAUCCAGGAGCGUGUCGUCGACCUUUCUAAGAGCUUACAGUCCACCAAUGCGCCCCCCUCCGAAGGUGAGACCGACUCGGUCAAUACCGGCGACGAGCACGAUAACCCCUUCGACCUUUCAGACGGCCUACGUUGGUGGCUCAUUGAUGCUCACGAAGACAAGCCUGGUGCGCCUUCCACUCCUGGGCUGGGCAAAUCGACUGUUGCUUCUAAUAACGUAGCAGCAGUUGCAGACAUGCACGCACACGGGCGGCCCGGAAAGCCCAAGUCCAAGCUUGGUUCUAGUGGUGGCAUAGAGGGCGUGAGCAGAACCUUAAGCAAAAGUCUUGAGAGUAGACGCAGCAGCACAGGUUCUAAGAAAUCUCUACCGGUCGCUGGUGGUACGGUUGCUGCUAAGGGCAGUGCCUUGGCAAGCGAAACGAACAGCUUGCGUGCUGUUGCUGCGGACAGCCCGGCUGAUGCACCGAGCCCGACCAUGGGACAGAGCGUAGCCGGCCCGAGCGGGACGAAAGACGAAUCUCCGGCGAAGCCCAAGGCAGAUAAGAAUGCCGGGCCGACGACGACGACGGCGGACGAUCAGCCUGAUGAGGGCCGUCGAGUAGACGACACUCCGCAUACGCAUCCGAAGCAAAGUCCGGAGAAAGGGCCGGGUGAGCCUGGAGCACAACGACAUCCCGCACAGCUCCAACGAGACGUGAGUUCCGCCUCGACUGCAGACAGCCCGAACAAGAAGAGCGUCGUGUGGGACUCGUUGUGGAACCUGGAUGUCAGCUACACGGGGUAG